AUGUUAACCCAUAUGGAGCGAAAGAAGAAAAUUACACCUUCGAAUUGGUUUCUUCCUGUGACAUUUUCGGAUGCAGCACUCAAAGGCAGCAUAGCUGACUUCUUGGACUUUGUCCAUCGCCAAAAGAUAAGAGAAAAUUAUAUGUUUGACCUGAAAUCCUGUGAGAAAUUGCUUGCCAUGGAAAAGCUCUUCGAGAAAUUCGAGAAAGUAGCAUUUACGAAAUUUCGUUCCAAGAUGGAAAUGGACAUCCUCGAACAGCCUAAUGCAUUUGACUGCGGUAUCUUUGUUAUGAAGUUCAUGGAACAAUCAGAAAAUUAUGUGAAGAGAAAUUCUUCAUUUCAGUUUGACAGUGAAAAAGAAAGGAAGAAUUUGGCUUCAAAGUUGCUCGACAGUGACCUGAACCAAGAAAAACAAAAUCUAUAUGACAGAGUAAGACGCCACUAUGCGCGAGUUGAAAAGCAAGAUGGCCAUAAAAGAUUGCGAUUUGACAAAGUGGAUAGACAUGAUCCUUUAGAAAAAGGAUCUUCAAAAGGUUAUAUAUUGCCCACAACAGAUUUAAUAGGGGAGGCUUUUCAGUGGCAUAUUGAAGGAAUAUGGGCAUGGAUAAUGGAUAAUAAGAAGUCAGCAAUUGGAAUUUGGGGAAUAGGAGGGUCAGGAAAAACAGCCUUAGCAGCCCAUAUACAUAACAAGCUUAUUUUGGAAGAAGCUACUAGUGACAUUAACGUUAUCUGGGUAACUGUAUCACAAAACAGCAUCUUGCAUUUGCAAAAAGUGAUAGCCAAAUCAAUUAAGCUGGAUAUAUCUGAUGAGUUUGAGGUUAAAAGAAUUGCCGGGAAAUUAUUUCAAGCAUUCAAAGAGAUGAACAAAUGUGUUAUUAUUUUAGAUGAUGUUUGGGAUCAUUUCUUUCUAAAGGACAUUGGAUUUCCUAUGUCAGAUAAUCGAAUUAAAUUGAUUUUGACCACUCGUAUAAGGGAAGUGUGUCAAGGUAUGGAUUGCGAGAAGGUAAUAAAAGUAGAGCCUCUAGAUGUAGAAGAUAGUUGGGCUUUGUUUGAUGAGUUUUUGGGAUUAAACCGUGAACAACUGUCUUCGGAAGUGGAAAAUAUUGCAUGGAAUGUGGCACGAAAUUGUGAGGGUUUUCCCCUAGCUAUUGUUAGAAUAGCAACAAGCAUGAAGGGGAAAACGCAGGUUAGAGAAUGGAGUCAUAUGUUGAAUUGUCUUGGAAACUUGGGCAAAGGGCAAUAUGAAAUGGACAAAUGGGUAUUUCCAGUUUUGAGAUCCAGCUAUGAUUUCUUAAAUGACAAAUUGCAAAGAUUCUUCUUGUAUUGUGUCUUCAGUGCUGGUGGUUUUUCUUGGGAUGACAGUGCUGAUCAUUUGAUAAGAAGGUUUGUUUAUGAAAGCAUUGAUGAGACAACAGAGUUGAGUGUGCAGUAUGACGAAGCUUACAACAUGUUGCAUAAAUUAAAGAAUCAUAGCAUGUUGGAUUAUAAUGGCAUAUGGAGGAUAAACAAAUUUCUUAGAGUGCUGGCGAUUGGUAUUGCAGAAGAAACUUGUAAAAUUAUGGGAAAAGCUUACAAGGAUUUGACAAAAAUACCAAGUGAUGACCAGUGGAAAGAAGAUCUACAAAAAGUUUUUCUAACGGGAAACAAGAUACAAACAAUUCCAAAUGGAACAUGUCCUAAGUGUUCUCAACUUUCGACGUUGCUUUUGAAUCGUAAUGUAGCACUCAACGACAUUUCAGAUGAGUUUUUCAACAACAUGCCCGCUCUUAAAAUACUUGAUUUGUCUAACACUGGGAUCAAGUGUCUACCUGAAUCGUUGUCCAACUUGAAAAGUCUGAUUGCAUUAUUACUUUCUAGAUGUGGAGAAUUGAGUUACAUUCCUUCAUUAAUAAAAUUGAAACGGCUAAUAUCAUUGGAUCUGUCUUUUACUGCCAUCACUGAAGCACCUGCGGGCUUGGAAUCACUGGUCAAUCUCAGAUGCCUAAAUCUACUCCCUACAAGAGAACCGGUAAUGUCAGCAUCGCUCCUAUCCAAAUUGAUCAACUUAGAGUGUCUUAAGGUGGGUUGGGCCCAAUUCUCAACGGAUGAGAUAGGACAAGGUACACGGGGUUUGGGAAAGUUGGAUAUUAUAACAGCCUAUUUUCGUGACAUUGGCGUAUUCAAUACCUUUGUGAGCUUCCUGGCCCAUAAUCGUGUAACCAGAAGCUAUAGUCUAUCUUUAGUGGGGCAUCCACGUUAUGAUAUUGUCCUAACCAAUGUUCCUUAUGCUGAUGAUGAAAUUAUAGAAUAUUCUGUGAAAAGCAUGUUUAUUAAGAAUAUGGUUUUGGGAAAUGAAAAAGUAGUGCUCCCCAGAGACAUGAAGGAGUUGUUUAUAGAGCGUUGCCAAAUAGGGACAUAUGCUGGAUUCCUAUGCAGUGUUUUAUCAUAUAGCCACAAUAAUAAUCCACACCCAAUUGAACUGUUGGAUGUUAGCGAUUGUGAAGAUGUGGAGGAAUUGUGUUGCUGCUGUUGCCCCUUUUGCUUCUCUUCCCACCGCGUUGGACGUCUAAGGCUCUGUCAUUUGAACAAUUUGAAAAAUUUAGUGUCACCAUCUGCUGAUUCCUUUUAUAAAUUCACCCAAUUUUCUAAUCUCACAGAUCUUGAAAUUGAGGGUUGCAACGGCAUGGAGACUCUGAUCGCAUUUAAGUUACCAGCACUCCUCCAAAACCUGCGCACCAUUUUCGUUCGUAGUUGUAAGAAGAUGAGAGAAAUAGUUGGGGAAAAGCAAACUGUAAUGGAACCUACUUUUAUUGAAUUUCCCAACUUGACAUCUCUGGAAUUAGACGACAUGCCAGAAUUAGAUUUCGUAUACAGAGGCAUCAUGCUCUGCCCUUCCCUCCAAACAUUCUCUGCUCUUGAUUGCAAGAAACUAAAUCCCCCUCAGAUAGCGAUCUCAAAUAAUGGAAGUGUGCUUCGGAUGGAGAAGAACUUAUGGGGUGAUUACGAUUGGCGAAAGAUAUACAAGACAGGAUACGUGUGGCAAGACUUGUUGGAUGAUGAUCUCAUCACUCCAAUCUCUGAUAAUGAAUACGUCAUUAAAGGAUCUCAAACCCACCCUCCCUCUUUUGGAAGUAAGAGAUUUUCAACAGGAGCUUCUGGUUUGUUUCGCAACUUGAUCACCUGUGGAGCCUUAGAUCCAAACGACGACGUUGUGGUCAGGCUGAACCAAGCUCAUAAAACUGUUUCUAAGAACUCUAACACCCUCGAUGAUGGUAAUGUUAACGCACAGAUUCGCAAACAUGACAGCUUUGGAGGAUCAGCUAGGAAUCUUGGAAGUUGUUGGAAUCCCCAGCAGGAGCAUCAUGAACCCAGAAGGUUUGUUUAUGAAAGCAUUGACAAGACAGAGAAGUUGAGGGUGCAAUAUAAUGAAGGUCUCAACAUGUUUGAUAAAUUAAAGAAUCAUAGCAUGUUGGACUAUGAUGGUGAAUGGAUGAUAAACAAAUUUCUUAGACUCCUAGCUAUUGGUAUUGUAGACGACACUUGUAAAAUUAUGGGAAAAGUUCAUAAGAAUUUGACAGAAAUACCGAGUGAUGACCAAUGA